CGCAAAUCUUGCUGUGGAACGCAAGAAUGUGGAAUGUCACCGCGCCGCAUACCACAGUAAUCAUUAAUUCUGUCACGCUACCAUGGCUGCAAGGACACGCUGGGCUGGCAACUGAAGGAACAAUGCCCUGAUUUAUAUUCAAUUGGGGCUUUUUAUUCCACGUUGUGCUGAGAGAACAUGGAGAAGAGUCGAAGAGAGUGGCUGGGAUGCAGAAGGAGCGUGUUUUAGGAGUAACCUGUUGAUCCUGCGUGACCCAGGGUUGUGGUGUGGUGAGGGAGUGGAGGUGAGGGGGAGGCAGCUGCAGGUGUGUGUAUGUCAAGGUGUCAGUUUGCAGCAGCAGACAGUGAGGCAACAUGACUGUCACCUAUACCCAUGAGGUGGCUGACUGCAAGGGUUUUGGGAACUUCUGGCGUCUUCUUUUCAGAUGGCGAGGCAGUGUGUACAAGCUGGUGUGGAUGGAUCUGCUCUGCUACAUCAUCAUCUACACUAUCCUGUCAGUGGUGUACAGGGUGGUGCUGGUCGAGGAACAGAAGAGGAUGUUUGAGAAAGUGUCCCUCUACUGCAACUACUUCAGUGACUACAUUCCUGUGUCUUUUGUGCUGGGUUUCUAUGUGUCCAUUGUGAUCAAGCGUUGGUGGAACCAGUACCAGACACUUAUGUGGCCUGACUCCCUGGCACUCUUUGUCUCCACCUGCAUGCACGGCCAUGACCGCCAGGGGAGACUGAUGAGGCGCACAAUUGUCCGCUACGUCAACUUGUCCUUCGUCCUCACCCUCACCAUGAUCACGCCAAGAGCCAAGAAGAGAUUCCCCACAUUGGACCACAUUGUAGAAGCAGGUUUCAUGACAGUGAACGAGAAGAAUGUGUUCUCUGCCAUGGUGAACAAGACCCCUCACCCUCUCUACUAUGUUCCCCUGGUGUGGGCUGGAACCCUAGUGUCUCGGGCCAGGAGGGAAGGGCGAAUUAGGGACGACUUUGCAGUAAAGACGAUGAUGGAUGAGCUGAACAACCUACGUGUCAAGAUUAACGGGCUGAUCAGCUAUGACUGGAUCAGCAUUCCCCUGGUGUACACUCAGGUGGUGAGUCUCUCUGUCUACACCUUCUUCCUGUCCACCAUCAUGGGGCGCCAGUUCCUCGACCCCAACCAGAACUACCCAAAGAACACCAUCGAUUUCUACUUCCCAAUCUUCACCAUAUUGCAAUUUUUCUUCUACAUGGGCUGGCUCAAGGUGGCUGAGUCCCUUGUCAAUCCUUUUGGUGAAGACGACGAUGACUUUGAGGUGAACUGGCUCAUUGACCGGAAUAUUCAGGUUUCAUAUCUCAUAGUGGACGAGAUGCACAAUGAACACCCGGAACUGACGCAGGACCUGUACUGGGACGAGGUGUUCCCGCAGGAGUUGCCAUACACUGUGGCAGCAGAGCAGUACAAGCGUGACCCUCCAAUGGGCAGCACCGCCAACCUGCGAGUGCCUGAGACUGAGCAGGAGUUUAUACCCACGCUGGAGGAAGUGAUGGAGGAGAAGACGGAGGAGAGCGGAGAAGCAGGAAAGACAGGCGGGACGCCACGAGUGAGGCGUUUGGACUCAGCAAGGUCCAUUGGGUCCUCAAUGUCUGGGCGGAAGAGUUCACUCAUGUCUGUUCUGCACAACAAGUGGCGACGCGGCGACCUCCGCAGCUCCACGGGCAGCCAGAUAUCCGUGAGAAGAAGUCGCAUGCGUUCAGUCAGCCAGUCAGGAUCACAAGUCUCAGAUGCCUCCUUUGGUUCCUCAGUUAUCAAGAGGAACAAUACCAACACUUCAUUUCAGGGCAGUGAUAUGUUGCAUAUGUCCCGUGAAUCCCUGAGCACAGACAUAAAUGGAGAAGGAAGGCCUGGCUUCCUCUCCUCCUCUCCUAAGCCAACCCGUAAGAAGAUCAUCCCCUCCCUUGCCACCAUCAAGUCCUCCUCUUCCACGUCAAGUCACCACUCCAGCCGUGUCCACCCUCAGAAUGACACAGAUCCACUAGUGAUGAAAGUCUCGGAUCUUCAGGUGGACACUGAAGUGAAUAAAGAUGACAAAGGAGCAGGAAGCCAGCCAAGGGUGGGUUCCGCACACAGCAUUGCAGACUCUACAGCCUCUGCCAUAGCAUCAAUCUUCACCAUACAGACUGCUGAGAUGCAAGAGGGAGACAAGGGAGAGGGAGUGGUGGAGGGUAGUGACUCACCCAGGGAGCCAGACCCAAGUGAGGGUGAUGCAGAAAGACCAUCCAGUGCCCAAGGACCUCAGGAGAAUGUUGCUGUGGAGGCUGCCAGAGAGAUGACACCUGUAGAAGACGCACCAAAGGAUGAGAAUGUCCACUGAAUGAUAUCACAGUCAGAAGUGGGAAGUGUGACCCAAGGUGACCAAGACCACCGUCCAGUGAUAUGCAGGUCAUCUCGGCCAUCUCUUCUAAAAAUGAAACCCAAGACUGAACUUUAUUCCUAUCUGUUGCCUUUCAUGUGGGAAGAUGAUGUGACUGUGGGUACUUCCUCAUCAUUCAUCACUCGUCCCUGACCACUGAGCUGCCUUUUCAAACAUUUCAGUGUCUUAUUGACUUUAAACUGGCCUUAGUGGAAAUUGCUGGGAUUUUCAAGUGUUUUCAUGAUUCUAGUGAUAGUUUAACUAGGAUUAUUCAUCAUUAAUAAGAAAAUAUGUAUGAGAAGUUGAGAACCCAACCUGUUAUGUCUAUGGCCUUUGAAAAAUAAUUCAUGUGAAAACAUUUCAAGCAUUUAGACAUUUCAAAAUACAGCCCAUAAGUCAUUGUCUCUCUCACAAACAAGUCUUCUGUGUUUUCUAGGUCACAGUUAUACUUUUUGUACUUGUACCUGACCUGUACAUAUCAAUGUAAGAGUGCCAUUAUAGGACUUAACUAUUUUUUGUACAUUGUCUGCCUUCUUGCGCAGAUUUAAAGAUGCAGCGUUGCCAUCACUGCUCCCAGAGUGUUGUGAAGGUGACUUGAAGGGACUGGCCAAUGGGACUGAGAUCUCCUCCAAUGUAUUUUUAUCCCUUGUUGAUUUAUUGACAAAACAAAUUAUACUUAAAAUAGAACAAAAAACUACAUUAUUACAUUUAAACACUUUUCUUUUGUACAUUGUUGAGGACAACUUCAUGGUUCACUUAAAAAUUCUAAAGUAUGUCAAGAACGCAAUUGCCUGAUCCCUUUGAAUGAACUUUCUCAUUCCACAAAUUAUCCACACUUUCCAAUUCUGUUAUUGUAUAUUUGUCACAAAGGUGAACAGCCAGCUGAUGCUCCACCAACAUGUUGUUCUGUCUGCACUUGAACACCGUCACAUAGACCAACUCUAUCUUUGGUAGGCGUGCAGCUCCACCUCUUUUGAGACUGUAACAUCAGCCUUAAUCUCAAGAACAAUUUGGAUUGGUAGUCAGAUAUAUACUCAUCAGUCAUAUAUAAAUUGUGUACUUUUAACAUCAGAUUGAGAUCUGUUAAUUAUUUAUUUUAAUUUUAUUUAUUUUUAUUUAUUUAUUUAUUUAUUUAUAUUUUUUUCAUUGAUAAGCAUUCCAUAAUCAAUGUAGUAGUGCAGCACAAUGUUUAACUUUCUCUCAUGCAUUUCAUUAGUUGCUGAUGCUAUCAUGGCAUUGUCCAUUAAUAGUAAUGUAUGUUAACUUCAUAAAAAACUGUGUAUUGCAUUUUCAUUUUUCAGCAUCUUCAGCAUGUGGUCAAUAUAUAAAGUGAAGAGCAAGCAACUGAUUGGGCCUCUUUGGCAAACACCAACAGAUGACUCAACUACCGCUAACUUCAUGACAUUUGUUGUGCACAUGUACAUUACAUUUAUUGCUUUGAUCGUUAUCUUUCUACAUCCCAGUCAUCUAAGGCUUAAUCAGCUAUCUCUAAAUGUCUGGGGGCCUGAUUGCAUGCUGUACUAAAAUUAGCAAAUAGUACAUAAUAUUUUGUUUUCUAAUAUCUGGCAUUAUCACAAUAAUCUUAAGAUGGCAAUUUGCUCAAGACAUACUCUGUUCUUAACACUUGCUCUACAUUUCUCUAUAUUCUCCUAUAGUCUAGGUCUGUUCAUUAUCAUGGUAACAUUAAGUAUAGCUAAGGUAUCCAUUACCCUAAAAUGUCAAUAGUUCCUGCACAUCAUAGUUACCUGACUUAAACAAAAGCACUAGUUUAAUGUAGCACCAUAGUGCAGGGCAGCACAUCACAUUAAACUGCAUCAAGGAUAGCCAAGUUAAGUAGUCACUAAACAAAAGCACUAGUUUAAUGUAGCACCAUAGUGCAGGGCAGCAUAUCCCAUUAAACAGUGCAUUAAAGAUAGCCAAGCUAAGUAUUCACUAAACAAAAGCACUAGUUUAAUGUAGCACCAUAGUGCAGGGCAGCAUAUCCCAUUAAACAGUGCAUUAAAGAUAGCCAAGCUAAGUAGUCACUAAACAAAAGCACUAGUUUAAUGUAGCACCAUAGUGCAGGGCAGCAAAUACCAUUAAACAGUGCAUUAAAGAUAGCCAAGCUAAGUAGUCACAGAUAUAACAAGUACAUUUAGGAGGCUAGACACAUUCCUGUGUUACUUACAUACAUUCUUGUUGAGAUCUUUCAUUAUCUGGUCAAACUCAUUCAUAGGAAAUGGGCCAUCAUAAAUAAGUAUGUAUGGUAGGCUUCCAGUCAUUAUCAUCAGUUUCAUCUGAGUUAUUUGUCUGUUUGGUGGAUUGUGUAGUCUCUCAAAAUGUUCUUUACACUGCUCAUCUGGAGGUUUUUCUCAUGCAUAUUCAAAUUGCAAGUUGCCUUUCCAGUUAAUUUUCAUAUUAUCUUAGUCCUGUCUGUCUGUGUUGGGUUCCUUUCUAAGUUUGCUCAUGACUCGCACAUCAUAUGGUGUUUUUACAUGUGCAGUCUGUGAUGGUGGUGCAGCCCGAUAUUCAGUCAUCAUGUUCUCUUUAUCUCCAUUGUUGUGGCACACACUCUUCUGUAACUUGGGCCACACCAAUUGUUGAUAGUACAAUUCUCCUAGCCUUGAUGACCCUGUUAGGACCUCCCUCACCACCGCACAGGCUCCUCUGUCCACAUCCAAAGCAACACACAGUGGUGCAUGGUCAGACCUCAACUUCUUGUUUUAUCAUUAGUCUUUUUGUUAAGGUUAAAGAGUUCUGUUAGGUAAUGAGACAAAGUUUUACAUAUAAUAGUUACAUUGUCCAGGACACCUUCCCCUAGCUAGAAAGAUGCCUGACAGGUAAACAGGUGACUUAAAUUCUUAGGAUUGCUGUCAAAUGUUUUGAUGGAAUGUUUUGACAAACUUAAUUGAAAUAAGUGGUUAUUGUUGAUGUGGUGUAUCCACUAUAAUGAUGCAUAUGCAUUGUGCUGUUACUGUGUACAGUUUGUAUCACUUGUUUGUCUGAACCUGUGAUCUUCAUAUGGAACAGUUCUUGGUACGGAGAUCAUUUGCAGUGAAAUACAGUGGUACCUUGAGUUGUAAGUUGAAUUUGUUGCAGAAUGCCACUCAUAACUCAAAAAAUUUUUCCAGAGAAAGUAAUGAAAAUCCAUUUAAUCCAUUCCACAUUCCCAAAAAUAUUACAAAAUCAAUCAACAUGACAUUUUACAGAUAAUAUAAGUAAAUUUCUUAACAAAAACAAUGCUAAAUAAUAUAAGACAAAUCACUACAAUAAAGUAAACAUUAAAGACGAAUCAAACAACUGUCUGUCCUUGUGAGCUCAACAACAUAGACACUACAGUUGUAUCUUUCUGUGAUAUUAGUUUUUGUGAUGAUUGGGAUGUCCUUUCUCUUCUUACAAGAAUCAUCCUUAGCAGCUAGCUCCUCCAGGGGAAAUCAGGGAAAUCAUGGUUUAUGUAAAUAAAGCACAUGGCUUAUGUAAAUAAAGCACAAUUGAGCAAGGUGCAAUUGUGUGGUCAUUUUCUCCAUAAGAGCACAAGUGCUGAAAACAAUGAAUGUGGAUAAAAUUCUCUGCCUGAUCAAAGAGGUGCUCAGUAUUUGAGAGAAACAGAUCAGAUAACAAAAGAAAUUAAAUAAGUUUGUGUCAGAGCAACCAGGUUGCUGCUGAGUACUUGUAUAUUAUGAGGUAUCUUCUGCUUGUAACCCCAAUUACUAACAACCAGGGGUACUUGCAAUCCAAGGUAUCACUGCAUUAGAGUUGCACCUCUCAAAAAAAAAAAAAAAAAGACUAAGAUACUCAUCUAAUAGUGCUUUCGUGACAUUGACUGUGAUAUUUUUUUAGUAUGCCAGCUGUACCAAUAACUAUUCCUACUCACCUUUUUCAAAUGUAUCAAAAUACCAAUACAGCCUUAUCAUAUCACAUCAAUAUUCAACAUAAAAUCUUACUAUUUAUAUCCACCAUGAUGCAUUCUGUUGUCUUCUUGUGAGGAUGUAUUAGAAUUUGAGAGGGAUUGGUAGAAAUAAAAGGCUGGGCAUGCAUUGAA